GUGGGAAGCUCUUCCCGUUUGUUGUGCUAAGCCGGGGUACUCCAUUCACUGGAGAUACUUGUACAGUGACCACAAAAUAAAAAUACCUGUACUAUCAAAUCAAAAGUCGAGCAUUUGGUCGUUUUGUGUGUGUUUUAAAAUAAAGAGGUAGCCGGUUGACUCAGGCGCUGACUGCUGGCAGCCAUGGAAACGUGUGGCAACUCGAACAAGAAACAGAAGCUAGCCAACGCUGCUGAAAACUGGGGAAUGCAACGUGCGACUAAUGUCACCUAUCAAGCUCAUCAUGUCAGUCGAAACAAGCGCGGGCAGGUUGUGGGCACAAGAGGAGGAUUCAGAGGGUGCACCGUCUGGCUGAGCGGUUUGUCGGGUGCAGGUAAGACCACAGUGAGUAUGGCACUGGAGGAGUACCUGGUGUGUCACGGUAUUCCCUGCUACUCACUAGAUGGGGACAACAUCCGCCAGGGGUUGAACAAAAACUUAGGCUUCAGCCCUCAGGACCGUGAAGAGAACAUUAGACGCAUCGCUGAGGUGGCUCGGCUUUUUGCUGAUGCUGGGCUGGUCUGCAUCGCCAGCUUCAUCUCUCCCUACGGCAGGGACCGCCUCAACGCCAGGAAGAUCCAUGAGGCGGCAGGGCUUCCUUUCUUUGAGGUGUUUGUGGACGCUCCACUGGAUGUCUGUGAGCAGAGGGACGUGAAAGGGCUGUACAAGAGAGCCAGAGCCGGGGAGAUAAGAGGUUUCACAGGGAUAGACUCAGAGUACGAGAAGCCGGAGGCUCCAGAGCUGGUGCUGAAGACCGACUCCUGCAGCGUGAACGACUGCAUACAGCAGCUGGUGGACCUGCUUCAGGAGAGGGAUAUAGUUCCUGUUGAUGCUUCUUAUGAUGUGAAAGAGCUGUACGCGCAGGAGAACAAACUGGACCUGGCUAAAGCUGAUGCAGAGACUCUGCCUGCUGUACAGAUUGGGAAGGUGGACAUGCAGUGGGUGCAGGUGCUGGCUGAAGGCUGGGCCACUCCUCUGAACGGCUUCAUGAGAGAGAGAGAGUAUUUGCAGUGUCUUCACUUCGACUGUCUGCUCGACGGUAAGAUGGCAUUUACUUUUUUAAGGAAAAAGUCAGAGCUGCUGUUCUUGAGAAAGGCACUAGGUGGAGAUGAGUGCUCACAAAUGGUGUUGGAUGAGUGCAACUGCACGCUAAUGGAGGCCAUCUCAUUACUAGUGACCUAUAGUUUGUGA